CUGUUCUCGUUUCUCACUCGAUGGCGGAAAUUAAUGAGAAAAGACGACGAAGUGCAGAAAACGAGAAAAUAUUGUAAAAAAAAUAAUUUUCAAUAGGAAAAGUUUCUAAAACUUGUGAAAUUGUUAUCAAAAUCGAGAGUAUCCGCUACCGGGAAUCAAUAUUCGAUGAAAUUAUGGCCGCGGAGCAACGUGUAUUAAAACAGGAUGGCUAUUUGGAUGUGGGAAAUGUCGAGGAAUCGCGUAAUAUCGCCUACCAUCCACACUUGAAUGUAAUUCUUGUCUUCGACUCCAGUAAUCAAGUGAAAAUUCUCGAUGUGCAUUCAGGAGUUAUUUUACAGACUUAUAAUUUAGGCGGAAACGCCAUCGAUGGAAACGUACGAGGGAAAUACAUGCCUCUGCAGGAGAAAAUUCUCCUUUGGGAUGGACAGAAUUUAGGUUUUCGUGGUGACUACAAUGGUGUUUUGCUAUUGGAUACAAUUCUACAACCACCUAUUUUGCAAAAUGAUGAUCUUAUCAAAUUGGAAUUGCUUCUAUCCGAAGCGAUUAUUUUUCAGACGUGUCUCAAAGACCUCGAACAAGAGGGCUUAGAAUGCCCAAGUGACGUCAGUAAUGAAUUAUUGGAAAAAAUAAAAAAUGCACAAGCAAACGCUAAGAAGGGUAUCAAAGCUCAGAGGUGGAACACAAUAUGUUUGGAAGUAUCGUAUUCCAGCUUAAAAUUGGUUGCAAAUAAUGUAGUAAUUAUGCUGAAGCGAUUAGAGCGUCACAUUCCCGCCUUGGCAAUAGCGUCGGCAAUAAAUGAACGGUUAACCGAUCUACUUACCGGAUCUCGAAUACCAGAUUUGAGUUGGCAUGGCAGUAACUUUCAGCGUGUGUUAAUGCAUUCUGAAGCUGUACGUCGACAAACAUUCGAAAAGUGGCCACACAUGGACUACAAGUGGGCUUUGCCAGAUCAAAUGGCACAGGCCGGUUUCUAUCACCAGCCAUCCUCAUCAGGCGAGGAUCGAGCAAUGUGUUUCACGUGCAGUGUUUGCUUAGUUUGCUGGGAGAAAACCGAUGAGCCGUGGAGUGAACAUGAACGCCAUUCUCCGAUGUGUCCGUUCGUCAAAGGCGAGUACACACAAAAUGUACCAUUAUCUGUGACAUACGCAACAAAUCCAGCUGUGUCUGCACCGGGUCUCGGUUUCGAUGUCAUCUCGAAUAGUGAUUACGCCAACGUAUUAUGCACAAGUUGCACACAAACUGGCGAAAUUACUAUCUGGAGUAUCGAGCGACAUCUGAAAAAGAUGCACUCAUUCAAUAUUGCAACAUUAAUGAAGGAUAUCUGUGAUGAAGGGUAUAAGUGGGCGCGUGUAACGGCGAUUUGUGUGCUCCCGAAUGCACGUGCGCAAUGUAAAAUUAACGCAAUGACUGCAAAUCAAACAGGUGGAGGUGGGAGUGCAAGUUGCGGUGGCGUUGCAGGUGGCAAUGUGACCGGCACUGGCAUGGUGCAAUGUUCCUCCACGUCGACUCUACGUGCCGGCGUAGCUGGUUCAAAAAUAGUAUUGGGUAUGAGCAUCCGACAAAACACUGGUGAAUACUUGCUUCGCAUGGUGGUGCUAAAUAUUGUUGAAAGUGAUCGUGUGCAAGAAAAUACCGGAAAUAGUAACAUUGGUACUGGAUCUGGUAGUGGCAAGGGAAGCGUCAAUAGCAACGGCAAUACUGGCACAAACCAGAAGUCACAAUUGAUCGGAGUAGCUGAUAAUGGAGGCGGUGGUGGCGAUGGCAACAAUAGUGAAAAGUUGAGUGACAAAUACGAUCAGCGUGACGAUGAUAACAAAUCGCUUUCUUCGGAUUUUGAAAAAUAUGCAGACGGCUUCGACAGCAACGGAUUUGUAUCGGAGUUGAUUGCUUUGAAGAAAGGCGAUUGUGUUGUGGGCGAUAAGUCGGAGACAUCUGCUUUUAACGAUUUAUUGGAAAAUGAACUCAUAAAAAUGGACCUAUCACAAAGCUAUUUAAUUUCACAAUUUCUGGGCAAGAAUCAUGACGGGGGAAGCGGUAAUGAAAUCGGCGUCGGUGUCGGUGUCGGCAGUGAUGUAUCGUUGAAUGCUAAUGAAAUUGAAAUGGACCCGAGUUAUUUCAAAGAAAAAUUAUUAGCUGCAACACUAGCCGCACAACAGAAUAACACUAACAAUAACAAUGGACACAAAAGUAAUAACAAUAACAAUAGCAAUGGCAGUACAAUUGUGCAAAAGCUAACCGUUAGCGAAGAUAUCGAUUGUGUAGUUGAGAGCUGCACAAGUGUGCGUAGAAUGAAUGCGCUGGUGUCGGACAGCGAGGCGUGCAGUAGUGCUGGCGGUGGCGCCGCCAAUGGGCGUCGCGAAGUUAUCGAGAUCGCGGAGAUUUUGCCAGUAAAUGGCAAAUGCAAUCAGCUCCUGGUGAAAUUAGUGAAAACAAAAGCGCCCAGUGAAACGUCAAGUAAGAUAAUAAUGGCAACGGUGGACAUGGAUUUAGAUGAUGAACGUAUGGAAGAUCAUGCCGAUUUCAACUCGGAAGCGGUGGCUGCGCAACUCUUACUUUUCGACUAUGCAGAUUCAACCAUUUCCAAUGAAUACACUUUGGCAGUCACUUUCAGUCGUACAAAGUGUCCACAGCAAUUGUGUAUUUUGCCAAGUUUUCACGCAUCCGAUGAUGAACAAAAUAGUUUUAACACAGAUUCGGGUGCACUCUGUGUAGUGUGUGCUGAUGGAAGCAUGGAGAUUUACUCUCUCACCGAUUUUCAGCCUAUCACAGUGGUUGAGGAAGAAGGCGAACAUUUCGUGUCAGUUGCUUAUUGUCGCAGCUUAGAUCGUCUGUGUGGCUGCACACGUAGUGGUUCGUUAAUAUUCUAUUCCUUAAAUGACGCAGAAAAUGAAUCGGGCGAUGAAAUGUUAGAAAUGGAAGAAGAUUGCAAAACUGCUUUAACAACAACAGCAUACCCACAAAGAGCAAGUGAAAAUAAUUUCCCUCUUAUGGAAUUGGAUGGUGGCAGUCUGGCAUUGUCUCGUGCAUCGGUAACUGUGCCAGAUGGUUUAAGCAGAAAUGUGGCCACAACUGUAUCAACAUCAACGAGUGCAGUGCCACCCGGAGUUGAGCACUUAACGGAUGAAAAUCAAUAUUUCGGCAUUGAAUCAUUGUUGACUGCUAGUAACAUCAAAAUAGAUUGCAGCGUCCAGGGUUCGAGCAAUAAUUCCGGCGGCCUAAAUGGCAGUUUACACAAUAAUAGUUUGUCACAAUCAUCGCCAUCACCAUCUUCGUCUUCUAUUAAUGCGGCCGCCUCUUCCAAUUUGUUGGCAUACAAAAGCAGCGAACUUUCGCUCGAUGAUUUACGUACACUUUACGAACUCACACAGUUCGACGAUGUGCUGGCCUUAUAUACGGCCGAAGUGCCGAGUUGCUGGAAUGAUUUAGUACAGGCGCAGAAGCAGCGUAAGCAGCCACAGCAUCUACGCCAUGGCGACGAUACGCAAUUCACGAAAACAUGGCGCUUACAUAACGAUGCCACCACUUGGGAUGAGCACAUCAUUGAACUUAACCUGGUGCAACCGGUUAAUUUGGGACAUAUCGACUUAAAGUUCUCACUCUAUCAGCCAUGUCAUAAUCCGGCUGCCAUACAAGUGACUUUGCUGAAGCAGAAUACCAGCGGGUUUGGCUAUCGCAUGAAAGGUCCACACCUAAAUUACAAGCAGUCCACCAUGGAUGACAACAUAGAUUUGACUUUUAAUAGUUAUGAUGGUAACAAUGAGAAUCCUGUGCUGAGUGAGGAAUAUCUGCAAACGCAUAAUGCUGAAAUACUUGCCGGUCCCAUUGAGUUGUCCUCCUGCAUUGAUCUUUGCGAUCAAGGCGGUACAGUUACACUGACAUCACCGAAACUGUUCAAGACGCGCACACGUAAUUUCCUAUUACACAUUAAAACCAUGUCCGAUCCGGCAAAGGAGGGUCAAAGUAAGACGCGCGUGCCUGUACGUAAAGGUGCUAUAAUGCGUUUACCUUUAUCAUCAUCAUUCGCCGGCAGUACAGCGCAUAACUUUAUGACAAAUAAUUCGUCAAGCUCAAACGCAUCAGCCAGCAACACCAACACCAGUUCGUUUACGUCAAGCUCAUCAAAGUCACGUUUUGAUUUUUACAUUGGCUGUGAUUGGUUGCAUGAGAUCUCAAUUAAUGUGCGCGGUGUAAAAAGUCAAAAUCGCAUUCCAAAUGAACGCUUGCAGAGAAUAGCAAUGCUCGAGAGUAAUGUACUACUGGAGAAUCUCUUCAAAAUUGCGAGCAGCGCAAAUACAGCAACGCUGGAGAAAAAUCUUGCAUUGGAUAUACUCACGUGGAUAUGCUUUAUACGCUUAAACCGUUUCCGUUCACCGAAAUCCGAACGCAUCAAGGCGCAAAUUAACAAGAGUACCGCUGCUACAAACACAGAUUUGAUGGCACAACAAUUCGAGUGCAUCUGCCUGUCGGAGAAGUAUCUGGAGAAUAUGCUGCGCAACUGCAUUAUACACAGCAAUCGCACCAUGGCGCACAAAUGCGUUAAACUGAUACUAAUAUUAACUGACGGCAUAUGCAGUCUGCCGGUUGAGGUGCAAUCACAUUCCACACUCGAUGUUGCCAUCAAGGAUGCUGUUGCGAACACAUUCAACGAGUUGCCGCGCGCCAAAUUCGCGAGCGUUGUGCGUUGGUAUGCCAUGCUCGCUUGUGCCACUUCGACACUGGAAUCACACAACGGCAUAUCGGAGUUGUGUGUUAAAUUGUUGACUGAAAUUGCCAAGGAAAUCGAUGUGCGUUGGGAUCCCUACUGUUCGUUGCUCAGUACAAGAUUUGGUCUAUAUGGUUUUCCCUUCGAGCCUGAAAUCUUCGAUUACGACUUGCCAAAUGUAAAUAAAAGUAACGUAGUACUGCCCUCUUCGCUAAUGAAUAUGAUUCGUUCGAAUGCAGGUCUAAUGCAAGCAGCUGGUUUAGAUAUCAAAAAGCUCUGCUCCAUUGAUGGUGUUGAUUUUCGCACAUUUCCGCAUUUGAUCAAAUGCAAGAGUGUUAGUAAUCAAUUGCGAGGCUUGCUGGAGGUGGAACAAUUGCACUACACAUGCGCAUCGACGUCGGAGGCAACGCGCAUCGAUAAUAUGGACACGGUUUCCGCCAGCAGUGCAUCAAAUAUCAAUAUGGAGGAAUUGAUCGUUGCACCCAUGGUGGAUAUGCCGAAAGAACAGGAAAGCUACAAUGUCAAUGAUCUUGUAUACAAUGUGGAUAAACAGAUGAAGAUAGUCAAUGCUAAGAAAACGGAAAAUGAUGUCGUAGUAGCCGAAGUGCUGAAACCGAACGGAAUAUGUAAUUUCAACCCAGGAAACGUCACAUUAAUCGAUGACAAAAUCAAGUUCAAAUGUAUGCCGCUUUUGCCGAAAUUCAAAGCCAUUUGCAAGUACAUUGAGUAUUGCGAUGAGAAUCUGCAGACCUCUUCAGCUGCCAAUAACAACAGCAACACUACAAAUAACGACACAUUGCUCGCAAAUCCAAGUCUUCUAGCCACUUCGGAUCCGAAAAUUAACGAAAGCAGCGCCAAGGCCAUUACCAUGGCUACACAAAUCAUCUACGAAGCCGCACAGCAAGAAGAACAAUUACAACAACAACUGCAACAACUUAACGAUACAGAAUAUUCAACAACGCAAACGUCAAUGUCUUUGGCGGCCGAACAGCAACAGUCGAAAAAGCAAACGCCGCCGGCACAGCAAAAGGAUAAAACGCCAACAACAACUAAUGUCGAUGCGCCGGCCGCUGGCAGCGAUAACUCGAAUGCGCAGGCCACAAAUGUCUUUGCUUGGCAUAAACUGUUGGCGCCACCGCCCAAACAAAUGGUCGUUAUUGAUCGCAUGCAUUCGGGAGCGCGUCGUUUUGUGGUCUUGGACUUCGGUUCGCCCAUUUUGCUCACUGAUUUGGUUAUACCGGCAUGCGAUGAGCUGGCAUCGCUGCACAUAGAUAUUUGGUGCUUUGAUGAGGAGGCCGAUAGCGUGCGCUUAGUGGUCGCCUCCGAUAUCAGCACGAAGACGUUGGUGCUGAGCGAUCUGCAGCCGCCACCGAUUUGUCGCUUCAUGAAAAUCACCAUAAUCGGACGCAUCGGUAUGUCGGCUACGAAAUGCAAAAUUCCAAUUGGUUCGUUUUAUGGCCAUGCCGUCGUCUUGGAACACGACGGCUACGCCGAUUCGCUGCUGCGUUUCAUGAAGCAUCCCGCACAGAAUAUACAAGCGCAGAUAAAGGCGCUGACGUCGUUGUAUGAGGAUGUGCAUUGCCGUUACAGUUUGGCUAGCUGUAAGCUAAUCGAACUGCUCACACCGAUACUCAACUGUGAGAUGUCCAAUGUGGCACACAUGCAAGCCUUCAUACACAAACAACGCGAGGAGGACGCCAAUACUGUGGACAACAGUAAAGUGGUCACCAUAUAUGAGGAAUGCAUUUUAUUGCAACAUCAAAUCAAUGUCAUACGCAACGUUAUUGGCCGUUUAGAAAAUUCGCUGCAUCCAAUGCACUUAAGCCCGGUCACGGCACAAGGUGGUGCCGCCGGCUCAUUGCUGAAUACGAAUUUAAGAAAUGUCUUGCAGUUGGCAUCGCGUGACAAACUGCGUGUUUUGGGCCAAAGCUUAGUGGAGAUUUUGCUGCAUUUCUCCAUAGAAUAUGGCAUAAAGAAUAUUUUGCCCGUUCACCAGCUGUUCACAAUGGAUGUGGCAAAUAUGCUGUUCAAUUCAUUGGUGGUGUACGGCGAUGCACACAUCCAACUGGCCACUUGCUCCUUGUUGGUGCGCAUGUGUUGCUUCCAGAGUUGGUGGGGUGAUUUCUUGGCGGACAUCUUCUGCAAUUUGUUUUCUUCACAGAAUAGUAAAAUAUUUCCACAAGACCGCAUUUUCUUCCUACUCACCUACUUGGGUAGACGUAGCAUUGCAAUGGGAACUUGCCGUUCAAUUGUCAUCGACGCAGUGCUGAAAACAUUGGCCAAGCUUUUGGCACCCAUUUCGCCAAGAUACCAAGAAAGCCAAGCGUCGGCAACGCGUAUUGAUGAUGCAGAUGAGAGUGGCGGUGCCAGCGCUGGUGGCUUGUGGUCCAAAUCGGAUCUGCAGUUGAUAACAUGGCUAUUGCUAUUUUUGUCGGUGUGCUUGGACGACAGCAAUGAACGCAAAGAUAAAUCAUCGAGUCGCUGGGAUUUCAUGAGCUGCGAAACGGAUUUCACCAAGACGCGUUCACAAACCACAAAUACAUCGGGCAAACAGUUGCGUUGCUUCAAGAAACGCAUUGUACAACAAAACAAAUACAGCGUGCAACCGUACACAGAUUGGGGCAAAAAGAUUUUCAUGAUACAAAAUGAGCAUCCAGGCAUUUUCAUGGAAAUGACCGGCAAACCGAAACCGAGCAAAUCCAAUAAGACAAACAUAACACCGAAGGCCGCAAAGGAGACCAAUCAAGAGCCAGAAAACAAUUUCGACAAAGGCUUAAAGACCAUACGUUUGAAUAACAUCUUGAUUGUGAUACGUGGUUUGAUCGCUUUAUUGCUGGAAAUGGAUUUCACCUGCAAUAUGGAUCAGUUUCUGCUCACAUGUAAAGUCAUAGCGCGCCUCGUAUCUGCUUGCCGUCCCGCCGUACAGCUGUCAAAGAUAAUUACAACAACGCAAUUGGAGCAACUCAUACGACAAGCGGUGUGGAAUGACCAACAACAACCGUGGGCCGUACAUGCGAUCACCUGUUUAUUGCAGGAUCUGCUUGAUGCUGAUAAACAAUUCAAAGACAAUGACAAUGUGAGCGCCAGCGCAGAGGGUGUGCGUCCAAUGGAGGGUGUACAGGAGACAAAAGAUUUAUUCUCGGAUUAUUCGCAUUAUAUGUCACAGGCUGUGAAUUCGCAGCUGCAAUCGGUUGGCAACGAUAUACAGUAUGAUGGCGUCAAAUAUUCCUACUUGCCUUCGUUAAUCGAAUGCGAAGACACCGAAUUGGAUGAUAUAUUGAACGACAUCGAUAUUAUCGAACGUUCGAAAACGGUGACCAAGAAGGAUAGCAAUGCCAUCAAUAAGAACACCUUUAACUAUUUCUGCAAAUCGAUAUCCAGCGCUAUGGAUGCACGCUUGGACGUCGGGCUCGACGUGAAUGUGGAGAUACAGCUGCGUCGCCUGACAAUGGUCUCCUCUUUGGAUAUGUACUCGUCAUUGCCGCAAAUAUUGGCCAAUGAGUUUAUUACGACACCACCGGAGGCGACCGUUUGGCCGGAGUACAUCACAGACAUUUGGUCGAGUCCGGAGUAUAGUUGCGGCGAAAAUACUUAUAAGAUGUUCAAAAACGUGUUCGAUUGCAUUUUUGCACACCUACACCUGCAGGAUACUUGGGUGCACCUGGAACAAGUGCUACAAAUGUGGCUGACCCUGAAUGGUGAAUUGUCGGACAAACCCUAUAAUUCCGGCAUCACACAGAGUGACAUACCGAAGAUACCGUUCGGCGCGCAUGCUGUGCAAGGCCUACUACUCGCCUUGGCGUGGCAUAAUGACAUAAAACUGCGCACAUGGUGCCUGGGUUUCCAGUGCUUGUUUUUGGCGUGCAAUUCACAGGCGCUCGGCGAUGGCGACACCGAUUCGACACGCAUCAAUGAAGUGAUCGUUAACGAUGAGAAUUUCGAGAAAAUGCUUUUACGUUUCUUCUCUGGUUAUGGCAUGAGUUCGUCCAUCAUUACAAAUCGUUGUGCCGGUCCGACAAUUUGCAAGAACCUGCAUGAGCUCCUGAUGUGGCUGCACAAGAAGAGCGAAACCACAGUCAAGGUUUCGAACAGACGCAAAUUGAAAGACACUUUAUUGCAUGUCAUAUUGCAGUUGGUGCAGCCUGGCGGUGCCAUUGCCAAUCAGCAGGGCCCAAUCGAUGCGCAAAGUCAGUUAGUGCGCGAUUUACUGCAAAUACCAACGGACAAACCCGAUUUGAAUGUGGCGCUGAAUAUAAUCGAAAGUGUUUCAUUCCUGGUGUAUAACAACAUAUCCAACGGCGAUAAGCUGCAAUGCCAGCGCUCAACUGAUUGCAAUAAUGCCACUAGCACGUUUAGCAAUCUCUUUGCCAAUGUGUUGGGUUCAGAGAGCACCAAACAGAAUACCACACUAUCUGAUAACUCUCUCAUAAUUAGUUUGCUGAAGCUGUCGUCAUCGCUGGCGGAGACGGAACUGCCGAGACAGCCGAGUGAGGUGCCUAUACCAGAAGAGGAAGAACUAUCCAAUGAAAGCCAAACUGAUGAAACUAAGGCAGAGCAGUUAAAUAUUGAAGGACAUCGUCCAAAGACGCCUUGCAUCGCCGAUACCGUAUUGCGUCAUUUCCCCACAAUGAAACGUUUAUUGGGUUCACUGUCGCAUUGCUCGAGCUCAUCGUUCACCAUAAUGGCUUCGUCCUCUAACUUUCUGCUCGAUGAGCCACAAAGCACCGCCGAUGCAGUCUUCAAUUUACUCAUCACUCUAUAUGACAAAGCAUCGAAUCCACGUCUGAUUGUCGCAUCAAUUUGUCAAUAUUUAGAAACCAGCACCAUACAGCGCAAUGCCUUGCCGCGCUUGCAGUUGUCAGAGCCCUUCCUGUGGUAUAUUUCGAAAGUGCUGGAGGUUUCUGUAGCCGUGCAAAUUUUCACGCAAUUGGGUGGUAUCAAAAUCAUUUGCCAAAAUUUGGUACGACUGAAUAAGACACUAAUAAACAUGCAGCCGGGAUUGAUUUCCUUGAUCAUGCAACACAUGACUAAGAACACCAAAUUGAAACUGCAUUCGCACGCUUGCGUGAAUGGCAACGGCAAGAAGUCAUCUUCCUCGUCUAGUUCGGCCCAGAGUCAGCGCCAUUUCCAAGAUGGCCUCAUAAAUUUCGCGCCGUUUUGCACCAUCUCCGCCGAGCAUGACACCGCACAUUCAGCAGACAUUUUAAUCAUGAAUCCGGUGGCAUCGCAUAGGCGGCCGCGUACGCCUGCUUGGAGUUACAUGUUCUAUCCAAACGAAUCGCACGUCGAUUUGACCAUUACACUGCCCACAGCUAUACUGUUGAAGGAGGUGCAAUUGCAACCGCACGCGCCCACUUUGGCUUCGUGCCCAUUCGCAGUCGCCUUGGAGAUUUCACGCGAUUAUGGUUUGGGUCCGAUUCCGGUGGGUCCGCCGCUCACGACCACCGGCAUGACUUGUAUACGCCUGAAGUUGGCCAAACCGGAGAUCGCAACAAGUGUUGUGCUACGCUUGUACAGACCAAAAGACAGUUCCAACAUCGGCCUCUCGCAGAUUGCCAUUUUGGGAAAUACAAUAUUUGCAUUCAACUCCAACUCGUUGGGCAGCGGCGCAAGUGGCAGUAGCGGUGUUGGUGUCGGUGUAGCCGGCAGUGGUGUCUUCAAUUUCGAUCAAAACAACGAUGAGGACACAUUCGCCAAGACCAGCGUCGGUUGGAUGCGCAUACUAGCGCGCUGCUUUAAGGCGCCCGCCAUAAUCUAUGAUGAAAAGCUGGCUGCCGAUGUGAUUGGCGCCUCGGCUGCCUACCCGGGUUUCCUAGAGGCCUGCUGCUCGUUAAUGAACAUCAUGCCGAUGAUACCAAACGCUGCACUGCAAAAUCUGCACACCGUUUUACUGAAGCUAGGUGCCUACAAUCGCAAUUUGUGUCUCUCCAUCAUACGCAUUUUGCUCUGGGGCACAGCGCCACAAACUUAUAAACUGUCAAAUGAGAGCAUCUGCAAUCUACUUUAUGAGUUGGCCACCACCAGAGACGAUUAUAUGGUCGACAAGAUACAAGUGUUGCUGGAGUGGAUCGUAAAGCUGCGCCAGAAUUUCAGUAAUCGCACAUUGCGUUGUAAUAAUCCACAAAGUGGUUUUGUUAAGUGCGUGGCCUCGAUACUGUGGACCGUGCAUGCGGAGAACCAUGUGCCGAAUUUACAAGAACUAAUCACCAACGAGCUAUUUGACGCCUGCAUGCACUGGAUCGACACGUUGGAGAAUGAAGAGCCGCUCAAAGUGGCCUUCGAUUCUCUGCUGUGCUCGCUGUGUUGCAUAAAGCCGGAGCUCUUUAACCAGCUUAUCACCAAACUGAAUGUGAAGGUGCAACAAACUAAUGAAAUGGACAGCAGCAGCAGCGGCUCAAGUACAAGUGCGGCGGCAGCGGGCACUCAUGCGAACGCGCGUGAUAGCGGCAUAAGAGGCGGUUUGACCGAUGAUAACAAGGGUCAAAGCGGCAGCGCAUGGUUCGCCAGCGUCGCUGCAGCCAAUUUAACAACAUUGCUACAACGGCCGGCCUAUUUGGGCACACUGGCAAUGGCCUGUCAAUCGCCAUCUGCCGUUUAUCAAUUGGUCGACUCGGGUCUGCCGAAGUUGUUGGCCUAUGCCUUGUAUGAGUAUUGCAACGCUUUGUUGCCGGAGGUGAAACGAUGUGCGCCGCAAGCACCAGCACCGACAGCCGUCACCACAAUUAGUAGCGCUGCAACAUCGAGUACGUCGGCAACACAACCCACGAGCACAUCAAGCGCCUGUCUAACAGAUGCUGAUAAAGCCGUAUGCGUGGACGAAAGCAAUGCCGCAAUGAGUGAGUUAGUUGUGCCGCUACUUAACUGUGCACAUGUGCCGAAAGUGUUGGACUUCUUCUCGGAAUGCUGCGCUGAGGGGCACAUGCGCGACUGGCUUGGCACACAGCAGGGCGCCAUCUUCUGGAAACCGCUGCUGGAGCUGCUCUGCAAUUAUCGUCCCAUGGAGUAUGCCGGUGAGGAACCGAUGCAACAGGCUUUCAUACGCAUGGAACGUGCCACCAUAAACUUCUUCUCGCGCGUUAGUGCUUGCCAUCCGAAAAAUCAAGAUACGCUGACCACUCUGCUGAUUGCCGUAAUACGUAGGCCGAUGCAGGGCACUUUCGGUGGCAAAACCCCCAUCUCGGGUUUCACGCGCCAAAUCGUUUUGCAAUUGCUGCUGGAGAAUGAACGCAUUCUGGUGUCGGUACGCAGUAAACAGCCGUUGCAGAAGCGCGAUUCAUCGGCAUUGUCUGUGGCGGCCACAGCGAACAGCGCUGCCAACAGUAGCGUCUCAAUGUCUUUGGUCAAUCAUCAUCCAUCUAAGCGUGUCAAUGCGCACCAUCUGCUCUUUGGUGUGAGCGCGAACACAAAGUGCCAGGAGAUACUGCAGAAUUGUGUGUCUGUCUACAGUAUUCUAUUUUCCUCAAUGCAAGCAGAGACGCGCACAGGCGAGAACAACGGCGCAAUGAGCGGCACCAUAAACUUGGGGGGCAGUAGCAACAGUGGCGAACUUGGCAGUAAACACGAUAACGAGAAGUCGAAAGAGGAUGUCUACGAUAGCAUUCCGUUCGAAUUUAACGCAUGCAUGGAGAAUGGCAUGGAGUUCUUGAGCGUGGCAGCUGGCGUUACAGCGAAGGACAAACGCAUUAAGGAUGUGAAAAAUCAGGCGGCCGCCAGCAAGGAAAACAAAGACCUAUUUCCAAAUUUCCCAAAAUUCUUUAGUAUUGAAGACUUUUUGACACCCACAAAUGGCUCCAUGAUUGCGAACUGUUCGCAACUCGUGCAUCCAGAUUGUCCGGAAAUUGUGAUUACUAGUGAUACCACUAUAUCGCAAAUACUUGCCGCCUUACAUAGCAAGGGGCAUUCGUUGUCAACACCUUGCAUCACACUGAAUCUGCUACCUUCCAAACCAGUUGAGCCAAAGGAGGAAUCUGUGAUUAAGGCUUCUGACAUUGAGCCGCUGCCAUCGCCAUUGCAACGUUUCUCAAGCCGCGGUGGUUUGUCGCUGCUGGCGCAGUAUUUGCCCACAGUGUAUCCGGACAGUGCUGGACGCAAAACGCCCACCACAUUGCCGGAGAAGGAGAAGAGUCCACCAAUGACUGACUGGGUCAAACUCGAGCCAAACGAUGAGAUAUACGAAGAUCUGGAGGAUCCCAUCACCGAACCGACAUCCAAACACACCACUAUCACGUCGGUGCCGCAACAUUCCCUCGCCGCUUUUGGACUCUUCCUGCGGCUGCCUCCUUACUCGGAUGUGCUGCUGCGCGAUAAAGUGCGUGCUCAGUGUCUACUGCGGCUGGUGCUCGGCGUGACUGGCGACGGCGAAGGAAAUGACAUUUACAGUUUGUCCGUGGCACCCUCGCUGCCAACAUUACCGUUUGAGGUAUUCCGCCAAUUGCUGGACAACUCACCGCUGACCACCGACGAUGGCAUGCUGCUGCGGCGCAUGGUCAUCGAGGUGGGCGCGAUGCAUUUAGUUUUGAACUGUUUGGGUGUCUUCACACACCAAUCGCAAAAUUAUCAAAUUGUUAGUCCACAAAAUGAGCAGUCUUCUACCAGCGGCAUUCGUACAUCGUCGAGUAACAAUGUCGACGACUCUUUGGGCACAUCUGAUGAUAAGGGUCACAUGUACUGGGCUAAGGGCACCGGAUUCGGCACGGGUUCAACGACACAGUCGUGGAAUGUGGAACAAGCGUUGUUGCGGCAAAAGAGCGAAGAGGAGCAUGUAACUGUUUUAUUGCAAGUACUCUCGAGUUAUAUAAACCCCGGCGACAAAAUACCCGCUGCUUUGCAAUCGGAUGAAAUCAUGUCGUAUCAUGAAAUCACUGAAGUAGCCGGUGAAUUGCCAUCGUUAUUUAUGGUGCUACUGCAACAGUCGUGUCUCAUUCCGGCAUUAAGUUCCUACUUGCGUAAUGAUUCCGUACUUGAUAUAACCAGACACAUUCCGCUAUAUCGCGCCAUCUUGCAAUUGCUGAGAGCACUGUCGCUCUCACCAGAACUGGUCUCACUGCUGCAGCCGUCGCCAAAUAAAAGUGAAAGCUCGCCAGCGAUUGUUGAGCUGCUUUUGAAUAUGAAAACUUGUGUAGACACAUACGCAAAACGUUUGAAGGUUAAUAAGAAGUCCAAUAUAAAGGGUCAAACGCAACAGGUGACCGUCAACAUUGACGAUGGCGAUGACGAGGGGCUUGCGCUACUCAUACCCGAUAUCCAAGAGACGACCGUUUUGGUGCAAAAGACAACCAAUGCAGAUGCGCUGGCCAAUCAGCAGCGUCUAGAUCGUGAGGCCGGCGGCAGUGGUAGUGCCAACAUUGAACGCAUACCGCAAAGCAAGUCCAUCGAGCAGCGCUAUUUGGAGGUGAUGAAGAAGCUGCAAUUCGACACCGCGGAGAUGAUUGUGGAGGCGGAGAAUAACGGUUUUCGCUUCGUCAUUUCGCAUCAUUUCGAGAAGAUGGUGCGCAUGGCGGGGGAUCGUUAUCAUCCGUCGCGUGUGAAGCGUUUGGCGCAAGAGGCGGUCACGCUUUCGACCAGCUUGCCGUUGUCAUACAGUAGCUCCGUCUUUGUACGCUGUGAUACCGAUAGACUGGAUAUUAUGAAAGUAUUGAUAACUGGGCCUGCAGACACGCCAUAUGCGAAUGGUUGCUUCGAGUUUGAUGUCUUCUUCCCGCCCGAUUAUCCCAAUCUGCCGAUGAUGAUCAAUUUGGAAACAACGGGUCGCCAUUCGGUGCGUUUCAAUCCCAACUUAUAUAAUGACGGCAAGGUUUGCUUAUCCGUGCUCAACACCUGGCACGGUCGGCCCGAAGAGAAAUGGAAUGCGCAAACGUCCAGCUUCCUGCAAGUGCUGGUCUCCAUACAGUCGUUGAUUUUAGUUCCAGAGCCAUAUUUCAAUGAGCCUGGCUUUGAGCGUAGCCGCGGUACGCCCAGUGGCACACAUUCUUCACGCGAAUACAACAGCAACAUUUACCAAGCGUGCGUACGUUGGGCGAUGCUGGAGCAAAUACGUAAUCCCAGUCCGUGCUUUAGAGAUGUGAUCCACACCCACUUUUGGCUCAAACGCAACGAGAUAUGCGCGCAAAUUGAGAAUUGGAUUGAGGAGCUAAGCAAACCGCAAUACAGUGAACGCAAUAGUCGCACCAUAUCAUUCAAUUCGAUGGUCUUACGACGCCAGUAUCGCCACUUGCGCGAAGAGCUCGCCAAACUUAAAGUGCCAGAGGGCUUGGAGGAUCUCGACACGCCAUUCAAUCCGAAUGUCAAUCUGCCGGCAAUGACUGAAACCACCAGUACUGCUAAUGCCACCAACACCAAGACGACGACGACGACCACAACAGCGGCGGCAAACGCCUCCACGACUGUGGCGCCUGCGACCGGCAGUAAACCGGGUGGCAGCGCUGACAACAACGGCAAUGGCGACAACAGCAGCCGUCAGGAGGGUGAGGAUAAGAGCGUAAAUGCGUGUAGUAGCAACAGUGAUGGCACCACCGCACCGAGCAAUAGUAGCAAUACAGUUGCUAUACAAAUGCCAGCAGCAACAGAUACCGAGUUGUUGUCCCUUGCCGAAUGGCAGAGUGUUACAGACGAAUCGGCGGCACAACCCGCGGCGGCCAUUUCGCCAUCCGCAUCUGCUGCAUCCAUGGCGUUGACAACAUUGCAGCGCCAGAGUAUGCCGGUGUCCACGGUUGAGGUUAGCAAUGAUUUUGAUAGUAUGAACGAUGCGACAAUGGUGAUGUCACCACAGCCGCCAGUUCCCACACCGGUAACCGCGAAGGUGAGCACCGUUGAGGCAGCCACAACACCCACUGCUGAGGAUGAUGACGCCGAUGAGGACAUUCAGAUCGAUGCCAGCGAAUAUAAUUACAAUGCCGAUUUGGUGCAACCGCUUUUCUACGCCGACGAUUCACAAUUUGAGAAUUCCAUUCUGGGUGAUUUCAUGGAAUAGACUUGAUAAAUAUAUAGAUGACGGUAGUCAGUUGAUGGAUGGUUCGUACUUGUAGUUGUGGCAGCGACGCCCGUUGUAUGUGCUUUAUUUCGAAUCAAUUUUAAGUAUGUGUGUGUGUUAUCCAAUUAAUUCUACUAUUAUUAAUUUUAUUAAAUCAUUUUUAUAAAAUCAAAUAAAACAGAAAUCUCUUGUUUAUAUACAAUUGUACGAUCUUAUCAAUUUGUUGCAAACAAAUGAAUUGUGUCUUUUACUUUAAAUAAACUGUAUUCAAAACUUAUUGAAACGC